AUGGCGUCUCCACUUUCCUACACCUUCACCCCACCAGCAUACUACCCCACAUCCACAUCAUCCCCAACAUACCACCCCGCACUCCACUACCGGCCGUCCAUACCUCCAGACUACCUCCCAAAUGACGAAUACCGCUACCUAGUCAAGCAACAACAUCGCUCUCGCCUAGAAGCGCAUUUCGCACAACCCUCUCUCUCCUCGACCCGAAACACGAUACCAAAGACGCCGUACCAAAAGCAAGGUACGUAUACUGAUACUAAGCCCCUACCGCCUUACAAGCCUUCGCUACCGCCUCCUGAGCGACGUGACAGCGGAUUCGAGGAAAAGACUGUGUGUGAGCCGACACCACAGCUUCAAAGCAAGUUCAGCUGGGACAAUCUCAACGAUACCGAUGACAAGUCCCCGAAGCGAAGGAGUUUCUGGUCUCGCCAUCGCCGGAGCAAGAGCGUAGAAGCUACCCAAGUGCCAGAAAAGAAGAAAAAACGUAGAACAUGGUAG